AUGCGGUUAUUGGGCUUCGUACCGACUGCAAGGAUGCUCUGCCUCCUACCUUAUUUAUCAGUGCUUGGAAUACGCCUACCUCGUGUAGUGGCAGGUUCCGUCGCAGGUCAGGCAGAAGGGGACUCAACAGAAGAGGAAGACGGAAGCUUCGAGAGUGCGUUUCAUCACGUGCACCUCCUUCCGCCAGAAGUUGACCUCACGCGGAGGAGUCACUUCCGCAACCUUCCACCCCUUUCUUCCAAAUCUCUUUACGGAAAGAGCUCCUUCUACAAGCUCUCGACCACCCGACCGCUGGCCGCUGGGACGGGGCGCACUUCCACUCUCUCCGGCUACGUCGGUGGCCAUGUCAAUUCUACCUCUAACCACGUCAACGACACAGUCAAUGGCACUUCAACUUCCUCUAGCUACCCCACGUCGACGGCACUCCUACUUCCUCCACUCAGCUCCCCCAUCAGCCACUUCAACGGCACCUCCUGUAGCCAACUCGACGGCAAGCUCUCUCUGUUGGAAAGGAGAAAGUUAUUGGGUAGAGUCCACGAUUCCUUCGUCAAAUCACUCUCACUACCUCCAGCCACGUCGACGGCAGUCUCUUCCUCCAGCCAUGUCGACGGUAAUUCCUUCCCCUCCAGCCACAUCGACGGCACUUCCUCUUCCUCCAGCCAGUUCGACGGCAGCUUACCUCGUUCUGCCGCUCCAACGGGCAGAAGCCAAGACACCCACGCGUGGUUGAAGCAGCAGCAUACUACAAGCAACAAGUCGCCCAGCCAACGCAGGAAAUGGAAUUCGGAAGGUGGUCGCCGCGUGCUCGCCGCGCUCCUGUCAACGUGGAGAAUACCGGGGCUCUCAGCCCCUAUCGAGUCACAUUUGGCACGGGCUGAUCAACCAUCAGAGUUCUGUGGCACCGGCGUUCGACACUCAGUUUUCGGGGACUUGCACGUCACUGAAGAUGCGUCCAUAGCCGCUCCUCUCAAGACUUACGAUUCCUGGCUGAACUACGAGUCACCGGCCCACUGUCGAAGCGACUCGAUCUUCUACUCUUUCUACCAGGCAACCGACGACCGACUGAAUAACGUAACUUCCGUUCUCUGUGGCCUUCUUCUCAUGAUUCUCAACCAGGAGUCAUCUUUUCUUCAACUUCUUCGCAACAGUCACGAGUACUCAGGGGCUGGGAAGACGUUCUUUCAACACGUCAGCAGCUGCGAUGCUCUAGGCAGGAUGAUUGUAUAUGCUGUCAACCAUGAAUGCCCGUACAGCACUAUGCUACUCAUCGAAGCCACUGGUCAGUUUCGCCGCCGCCGCCAGAGAGGAUAUAAGUGUCUUGUCUCUGAACUACCAAACCAGGAGGUUGAUUCGGCGGCUGCAAACGUCUACAUCAACCACGAAGAAGACAAGUUAAGGGUCCUGAGAGGCUACAGCCUUGAGCUCAGUGUCACGGUCAUUUCGCCUCUUACACAAAAAACACAUUCCUCUAGGUUGCUUCAGUUUGUCAUCAGCCGACUCGCUUUCACAGAAGACACACGCAGAAAGGCCCUGCACAACCACAAUUCGCUCUGGGCUCAUUAUGAAGGAAUUUUGACCAACAUCCGUGAAUGUUUGGAUGCAGAUUAUGGAAGCUCCGAUCCGCAAAGCCUAGCGCCCGAGUCACCGAACCCGAAUGAGAACCCGGUCCAAGACGAGAUACUAGCCCAAACCCUUAUCAGAUCUAUAGAAGAGCAGGUCGCCGUCGUCACUAGGGUCACGAACAUAAGCGGAGGUGCUAGUGACUUCAUACACCAAUCGGUUAAGGAGUUCUUAUUCGGGCGACCAGACAAGUCUAUGCCAUCAGGAAUCGAGCAUUACAAGAAUUUGGUUCUGUUGAAGCUUGAACUAACCAUAUCAAGGACGCUGCGGCCCGAGUAUCGCCUCGAUGGACCUGGGGUCCGCCAAACAUAUCCGCGUUUCGCAUCCUGA